AUAUUUUUCGCAUUUUAAUAGCACUCAGAAACAUUAAAUUACUUCUCUGAGUGAUUUUAUUUUUUCUUUGUCUUUCCUUAAAAAGAAAUCUUCUAGUAAGUGUUCUGUUGGUCUUAUUAACUUAUGUUUACUUGAAUGUAACAGCGCUAUAAACACUUGAACGCAUAUUCCUCCACAGACGUGUUUAUUAAUGCAAACUUUGACACAGACGAAAUGACUUAUAUUUGCCCAACCCACACAGGCGUUGCUGUAAUUCCGAAUGUUUCCUGUUUUUGAACCCAGCGGCGCGCCGUAGUGGCGGUUCGUUACUGGAGCCACGGAUGUUCAAACUUGAUUGAUAUGACAAAGUUUUACUUUCAAAUAAAAGGACUCAUCUGUUCAACCACCGUGGAUGUAUUGUGAAGUUUGUUUACGAGCAUAUCCCUCAUUUCUCCCCACUCUUUUAUAGUCUAAACCAAGGCCGUUGCUAUGGAGGAGGUCACGCGGCUGGUGUCGUCAGGUGACUGCCUGAAGAUCUGGGACUCGACUUCCAUGACGGUGGUGGAGCAGUUCAACCCUCACAGUGCCACGCAUCCAGUGGCUCAAGUGUGCUGGAGCAGCAGCAACCAGUACUUGGUCAGUGCCAGCAGUAUAGGGGACAAGCUGGUGGUGUCCAGUCUCAAGUCAUCUCCAGUUCCAGUAAUGGAGCUGGGUGAAGGGAAAAAGCAAACCCGUGUUAGUCUGAACUCCACGUCACAGUUCCUGGUCAGCGGAGGACUGGAUAACACGGUUAAUAUCUGGGACCUAAAGACAAAAAGGUUGCACCGAAGCCUGAAGGACCACAAGGAGGAAGUGACAUGUGUAUCUUUUAAUGGAGGCGAUAGCUACACAGCAUCAGGCUCCACUUAUGGAGAUAUCAUCCUCCACAGUAUCACAACCAACCUGUCCAGCAAACCCUUCGGCCAUGGGCCAAAUGUGCCCAUCCAUGAUCUGCGGUACUCGCUGGUGAAGAGGUCUCUGCUGGGCACGGUAUCGGACAGUGGCUCUGUGGCACUCUGGGAUGCUAACACUCAAAAGGAGCUGCACUUGUUCAAAGGGGCGCACAAAGCCCCAUGUUCAGGGUUGGCCUUCUCUCCAGCCAAUGAUUUACUCUUCGUCACUGUGGGGCUUGAUAAGAAGAUUGUCUGCUAUGACACCUCCAGCAAAAUGGUGUUUCGUAAUAAGCAGGUGGAGUCUCCACUCACAGCCAUUGAUUUUACUCCAGAUGGAGCUGGACUGGUUGUGGGCUCAACACAGGGCAGAAUUUACCUGUAUGAUUUGAGAAACCUCAGCGUGCCAGUCAAAAUCACCACGGCUCACAAGACGUCAGUGACCUGCAUUCGCUUCCAGAACUCCACCUCCAAGUUAAAGUCCACUAAAACAUCCAGCAAGUCUUCUCAAUCAAAUAAGAGGAUCUCCGCAAAACUGGGCGGUCAGCAGACGGGACCUUCCACUCCAACAUCUACAGUCCCACCCAGUGUGCCUGGCUCUGAAUUUCCUGGUGAUGGACAAGCCCAAGUCACAGGUACUGCUGGUGAGGUGUUCUCCAGAGAGGCGGAGGGUCAGCACAGCCAAGGUCAGCUACCGAACGUGGAGAAAUUUAGCAGCAUCGGUCGGAACAGCCUAAACCUGGAUAUUUUCUCCCCUCUUAAUGAUGGUUUCAAAACACAUGGUUUUGCUGAUACUCCAACUUCAAGAAAUGGAGGCAGUAUAGAUAUGUUCUCGAGGGAAGGGGAAGGCCAGCACAGCACAGACCGGUUCAGAGUCGGCCGAAACAACUUGGACAUCUUUUCACCUGUACGAGAUGAGUAUAAAGGACACAGGCUGAGUGAUGUAUCAAGUGGAAAAAAAGACUUUGAAUACCUACCUCAUUUUCCUGGUGGCUCGUCCCAGAGGAAGACCCCAUUGGGCACUCCAGGCAGUCGCUGCUAUAGUCCGUCUGUGGUUCAGACUCCUCCACCAAUCAAAGAGGAGGAGCCCAUCACUACCCCACCGCAACAGACUGAUUUACAGAACGGCAACAAGGUGGAGAAGAAGAACGUCCUCCAGCAGGACUAUGAUGUCAUAACCACGCCCCCUGCUGCUCAGAGCACACGUGUUCAGUCCGUGCAGCCGUUCAACACACCUGAGCCCAGUCAGAGGAGAGAUCUGCCCUCCCAGCUCAUCUAUGACUCGCCAGUCAGCGGAGCUCCUCCUGCUGCUGCACCAGUUCCCGCUCCAGCGGCAGCAGCCGAAUCUGGAGCCGAGGGCCGUGGGGCUCCACUCACCUCCGUUCAGAUGAACUUUGUCCGUAAUAUGAUCCAUGAGGCACUGGAGGACUUCAGGUGA